CACGACAUUGUACGGCCAGUGCUCCAAGCAAACAGUCUUGGAAAUACAGGCCAGCGUCCUAAAAUUUAUUUCCUUUUCGAUUUCCCAUUUCUUAAGUUGCAAGAUUCUAUUAAGUACGGAUAAUAAUUUACCAGUGUGAUGGAUACAGACGAGGGAGAGUCAAGCAGUGGAGGACCACUGUCCAGUUUCAACAGCUUGUUUUCUUUCACAAGUCCUGCAGUUAAGAAGCUGUUGGGAUGGAAACAAGGAGACGAAGAAGAAAAAUGGGCCGAGAAAGCCGUUGAUAGUUUGGUAAAAAAAUUGAAAAAGAGGAAAGGAGCAAUCGAGGAAUUGGAAAGGGCCUUGUCGUGUCCAGGCACACAAAGUAAUUGCGUGACCAUUCCGAGAAGUUUAGAUGGCCGUUUGCAAGUGUCGCAUCGGAAAGGUCUUCCUCAUGUAAUCUAUUGCCGAGUAUGGCGCUGGCCAGAUUUACAGAGCCACCACGAGCUCAAACCAUUAGAGCAUUGCAAAUUUCCCUUCUCAGCCAAACAGAAAGAAGUUUGCAUCAAUCCCUAUCAUUAUAAGAGAGUGGAGAGCCAAGUUUUACCUCCUGUCCUCGUACCCAGACACAGCGACUACGUCCCAGGGCAUUCGUUGUUACCUUUUCAACAAUUAGUAGAGCCCAACAUGCCCCACAAUGUCAGCUACUCGUCUAACGGGUUCAACUCCAAUCACCUAAGCCCAAAUUCACCACUGUCGAGUGUAUCUAGUCCCGGUAGUGUUUCCUCGAACCCGCAAUCUCCCUACUCAAAUCUUGCUGAAACGCCGCCUCCGGCAUACAGCCCCACCGACGAAACCACCAACAACAAUACCAGCCCCCAGCCGUCUCUCAAUUCUGACGUACAACCAGUAGCCUACCAAGAGCAACCCUACUGGGCUUCUAUUGCCUACUACGAACUGAAUUGCCGCGUAGGCGAAGUUUUUCAUUGUCACUCCACAUCCGUAAUCGUCGACGGAUUUACCAACCCAAGCAACAAUAGCGACAGAUUUUGCUUAGGCCAGCUGAGCAACGUCAAUAGGAACUCCACAAUUGAGAACACGAGACGACACAUCGGGAAAGGAGUUCAUCUGUACUACGUAAACGGCGAGGUUUACGCCGAAUGUCUCUCGGAUUCUGCAAUUUUUGUACAGUCCCGAAACUGCAACCAUCACCACGGGUUCCAUCCGUCUACAGUCUGUAAAAUUCCGGCUGGGUGCUCAUUGCGAAUUUUUAAUAACGCAGAGUUCGCCCAACUGCUAACAGAAUGCGUAAAUCACGGUUUUGAAGCCGUCUACGAAUUAACAAAAAUGUGUACUAUUCGUAUGAGUUUCGUCAAAGGUUGGGGAGCAGAGUACCAUCGACAGGACGUAACAAGUACUCCUUGUUGGAUCGAGGUACAUCUGCACGGACCAUUGCAGUGGUUGGAUAAAGUGUUAAUCCAAAUGGGAGCUCCACACAACGCUAUUAGUUCAGUGUCUUAACUAUGUUUUACUUUUAAUCGUGUCACGGAAGAAAGUUUUUCCCUUUAACAUGAAGCAAUCAUGCCGACAGUUGAUCACUGAAAACUGCCAAAAAACGUUGCAAACUUGAUAACAUUGUCCAAACUUUGAAGUAAUAUACAUCUAUGUGAAAACCAUUGUAAGCUGUACCUGAUCGUGUUUUUAUAACAAACAGGUUACGUUUCAUGUAAAAAUAUUACUACAUAGUGCGUGUAUUAGGGUGCAAGGAGUUUUAUAAUCACGUUCAAGUAACUCUGCAGUGAAUGUUAUUUUAUUUUGUGUGUUGUUCCAUACAUGCCUUAAAGAUGUGACGUUAUGCUUUUGUAUAUUUUUGGAUGAAUUUUGGCUUUUUAUUAUAAGAUAGCCCUGUACAAGAUUUAAUGUUAUUGAUACUAAGCAUAGGAAUCGUACAAAUUAAUUCAGAUAAUUCUAGUAAAUAAAUAAAUAUUUAUAUACUUAAGUGUUUCAGAAGUUUAUAAUACUCGAAUGUAAAAAAAAAACAAAAAAAGUUUAGUAGGUUUUUGAAAUGACGUCGCCCAUUUUUGUUAUGGAUUAGUGAUUUUUUUGUGUUGCCAUUGUUCUGUUGCUUACAGCGAGUUUAGAUUUAAUAUAGUCUAUCAAGUACACAUUUGCAUGUGUCGACAGUUUUAUUUCGCCAUUAAUCAUGUUCUGUUAAUGUGUACUUGAUGAGCGAUAGGCUGAUUUAUUUGGUAAGUUGCAAUAUUUGUUAUUUUUAUGUUUUAUAAAUUUUCACAAAAUAUAUUUAAUGAAUAAAUUUAUAUUAUUGUAA